AUGCAUAUCGGGGAGGACGUGAUGCGUAACCUCGACGUGUGGCGUCAGGGGCACCGGCACGCGCUGCACGUCGCGGGAUGCGCCCUCGCGGGCGUCGUCUCCGGUGCAACCGCGGCGGGCGUUGUGCAGCCGUUCGACGUCGUGCGGACGCGCUUGCAGGCAGACUGCGCGCAGGGAAUGAAGAGGGGCGCCUUUGCUACGCUCGGAGUGGUCGUGCGCGAGGCCGAGGCCAAGGGCCGCAGCGUGCAGCGCGCAUUGUGGCAGGGGGCGCGGCCGGGGAUGGUGCGCCUGGGCGUCGGCAGCGGGACGUACUUCCUCAUGCUGCAGUACUGGAAGCGCUUCUUCGAGAAGCAGAUGCCCGACGGCACGAAACGGAUGGCCCCAAUGGGGGCGCUGUGCGCGGGGGGCUUGUCAGGGCUGUGCACCUCCGUCGUGCUGACGCCGCUGUCCGUCGUGAAGACGCGGGCCGAGUUCGGGUCCGGCGUCGCCGCGGGCGCGUCAGGGCGGGUGCCGGGUCCGCUGCGGCAGCUGGUGGGCAUCGCGCGGACGGAGGGUCUGCGGGGGUGUUUCAAGGGCCUGGUGCCGACGAUGGGGACGACCGCGCCGUUCUCCGCCCUGUACCUCACGAUUUACCAGAACACGCGCCGGCGGCUCAUGCCCGCGCUCGGCGAGGACAAGGCGGCGGUCGUGAACUUCACUAGCGGGCUGCUGGCGGCGACGGGCGCGGCGACGAUCACGCAGCCGAUGGACGUGCUGCGCACGCGCACGCAGCUCGGCCUCGCGGACGCGUCGGGCCUCCGCGGCGUGGCGAGGACGCUGAGCCAGGUGGUGCGCACGCAGGGCCCCAAGGCGCUGUUCACGGGGCUCGGGCCGCGGGCGGCGCGGCGGGGCGUGCAGACGGCGAUCGUGUGGGCGCUGUACGAGGAGCUGGCGCCCCGGCUCAGCGCGGCGCUCACCGGGUCGGGCGGCGUCGGCACGUUCCAUUGA